CUCCCUCCCCCAUCUAUGUUGAAAGCCAGGCAAAACAGAACAAGAAUUUUCAUUGUCUAUUAUAUAUUAUCACUUUUAUUGUGUGAGAUCACAACAGCUAAAGAUAGUAAAGAAGUAUAGUCAAUAGAUAAUAAUGGGGAUCACUGUGGAGUUGUGGAGAGCUCGUAUUGGGCAGUUUAGUGGUGGGAGGGGAUCCCGACCACACAGUAAAGCUCCCUCGACAAAACAGCCUCUACACUUCAGUGAUACAGUGGGUACUACUGCGAAAGUGGUUCAAGGAGGCUUGCUUUUAUUGCUAAUUCUCAAGUUUCUGAGCUCUCAAGACAAAUCACAUUUGCUAAAACGCACAAGGAAUGCUGGUCUCCUGGCGAUUGCUAUUGUUGGGUUGGCCCACUCUCUUGCCCACCUCUUGCUGCUAGCUGGAGACAUUGAGAGCAAUCCUGGACCUCGAAUGGAUGAAGUUCUGACUGUAAAUGACCUGAGUGACAUUUACGAGAAGCUGUUCAAGGCUCGUACAGAAUGGUUCAAUAUUGGGAUAACUCUCAAUGUCGAUUACAAUACUCUUACUGCUAUCAAUCAGAAGUAUUCUAGUGAUCAUCGAUAUCGUGACCGUCUCCGAGAUAUGUUGGCUCAUCGUCUCAAUUUAGCAGAUUCACUCACUUGGGGAGAGGUGUGCAAGAGUCUUAGACACGUCACAGUAGGACACAACGAUGUGGCGGAUGAAAUAGAAGGAUCUGUUUCAGGGUCCUCUGCUCAACCAGUGAGUGCAGUUCUUCAAGGGCUGAUGGACAAAUAUCAAAUCACUACUUCUCAAGUCGACUGUGAAAUCCAACAAAAGGACAUACCAUAUUUGGCUCCGCACUUUGACGAUGUUAACCUCUAUGUUGAUGAGAUGGAAUUAACCGCUGGGGAGCAAACGGAUGUCAACGGUGCAGAUACUAAGCAAUUAGCCAUGAUCAGGUGCUUGAAUCUCUGGACAAGAAAGAAUCCCGCACAAGCGACAUUCAGGGCCCUUCUGGAGAUGUUGGUAAAGCUAAAGAAGGAAGAGAUUGCUAUUCAAAUAUGUCAGUACUUGAAGGCUUUGACAAUUUACGAUAUACAAGAUGUUUACGAGAAACUGCACACUGCAAGCCCUCGCUGGUUCGAUCUGGGAUUGGCUCUAGGUCUCAGUAAUUUCGUUCUCACCAACAUCGAUAGCAAGCAUCGUGGCGAUAAUGUGUCGUGCUUGCGUGAAAUGUUGGCUCACCUCCUGAGUACACAACAUGUAACAUGGAGUCUCCUGUCAGACGCUCUCAAAAAUCCCACAGUGAAUCUCAUAAAUUUGGCUGAUAGCAUCACAGGAGCUGUGGCACCAUUAUCACCUUUAUUACCUGUUGCCGUAGCUCCAGAUUCACCUAAUCUACCCACCGAUCGUGCUGGAUUGGUGAACAAAGCCGCUACACAACUGUCAGAGCACACACCUCUAACACAAGAUGAGAUUGAUGCUCUACAGAAGCUUAUCGAGGGAACAGGAGUGAACAUUGAUGACAUCAUUGCUACUGGUCAAGGCCUCACGCUUGAAGAAGCUCAACAAUUGCUUGCUGAGAAAGGACACAUUGAGGACGCAGUGAAGCUCAAGAUAAGGCUACAAGAAAUUGCUAAAGAGCAGCAGCGAUAUCUCGAGAUACUCAAGGAUUUAAUGACAGCUGCUGGCACCAUCGACCUUCGCUACUUGAAACUGUAUCUUGUUGGCCCACCUAAUGUGGGCAAGACGACCACUCUAAGCCGUCUCCUAAAAACAUUUGAGAAUAUUCAUUCAGCAGGAGACAAAUCAAACAUUCAAAGUACGCUACUCGCUAACUGUAUUCAAGCGUUUGCUUUUGUUGGUGACGACACAGCAGAGUGGCUAUCUUCCAAUAACGUCGACAAUGAAGCGCAACUUUUGUUCAACUAUUUGUGUGGACCGCUGAACACACCCCUCAGUGAACAACUAAGUGAAGAACACACUACUCCACCCGAACCUUCCAGAGAACAGUCACAUGUUCAACAAGAUGAAUCCCACAAGCUCAUUUCUGUAGAGAACGUUGUUUCACAAGUUGAUAAACUCGAUACUUCAGAUGGAGAAACAAAGACUUGCAAAAAUCAAAGAAUUAAUGAUGGUAUCAGUCGAUUCCAAAAAUUGAUCAAAAGUGGAGACUAUUCUACCCUUUUCAAGGCUUUGGGCACAUUUUUAAAUAUUAAUGAUAUUGGAGGUCAGCCAUGCUUUUUAGAAAUGCUCCCAGCUCUGAGCACUGGUCCGGCCAUGUAUCUCGUCUUCUUAGACUUGAGCAAAGAGCUAAACGAGCCGUACAAAAUCCAUUUUAGUCGCAAAGGCAAAAAAAUCACUCCCUAUGACGCUAUACAUACAGUCAAAGAAACAGUGUCUCAAAUCCUUUCUUCCAUCAGUAGCAUACAUAGUAUCCCUCAAGUGACCUGUUCAUUCAAGACCGAUAAAGUUGAUGGAUUUAGCGAGAAGCUUGAAUUAUUCCAACAAGUUAGUCCCUUGGCUGCGUUGAUAGGCACUCACAAAGAUAAGCUGGAGCAUCCAGAGAAGGAAAUCAAGAAAAAAAGCGAAGAUUUAAAUGACAUUGUAAAAAAACAGUUUGGAAAAAUAAUGAUUACUCCUGGCGCUACUGAUUCAAAUCUAUUUACCGUAGACAACCACCAUGGAACUGAGCAGUCGGACAUAGGCCCACUUCGUAAAGUGUUAAGUGACAACUUUCAAACACGCUUCAAGAAUGCUUCGUUACCGAUUAGACCAAAAUGGCUUUUAUUUGGACUCAUUCUCCGAAGGGAAUACAAGAUUGCUAAUAUUGAAGAUUGUUUAGAGUUAGGGAAGAAACUUGAAAUGGAUGAAAAUGAAACGACAUUUUGUCUGCGGUAUCUUCAUGACUGCGUUGGCACUAUCAUGCAUUUCACAAGCGUUUUGAAUGAUAAGAAAAACUGGCUCAAGAAUCAUGUAAUUUGCUCCCUUCAAGUUCUUUUCGAUAGCAUCAGUGAGCUGAUUCUACCUUCUUUGUGUGGGCUUCGUUCUGGAAGUACUUUCACUGAGAAUGAAAAAAAACUGUUUAGAAAGGGGCAAUAUUCAGCUAAAACUAUCGAAAUGUGUUGCAAAACGUCAAGAAAUAAUGAAUUUAUCCCAGCCAAGAAUCUUAUAUCACUUCUUCAACAUCUUAACCUUCUCUCUGAAAUCGUUCACAAAGUUGUUAAUGACCCAAGCAAGUGUCAAAUCACCUAUUUUAUGCCGGCUAUCUUAGAGUGUGCUUUACAAGAGGAGCUGACCAACCCCCCUCCACCAGACGCCAACAACCCAGAGCCACUGCUCAUUACAUUCAGCCGUGGUUACGUUCCAACAGGAGUUUUUUGUGUUCUGAUCACUCGACUAGUUUCCCAAGGCCCUCGUGGAAUCCUUGUAUUUACUUGGGAGUUGGUGGAAGAUGGUGUCAAGCGAAAUUGUGUAUCUUUUCUCGUCGACAAAACACACAAGGUGACUCUACUAGCACACAAUCAAUACUACGAAAUUCGAGUUGUCUACAAUCCUGAUCCUGAUGGUCACAUGUGUCUUCCUGAUCCUGAUGGUCACAUGUGUCUUCAUGACCUUUGUACUUAUGUUCUCUCAGUGAUGCUCUACACUCUCAAAAGCCUUUACUCAGACUUGGUUCCUCAAAUUGCAUUCCGUCACCAGUCCAGCCGAGAUAAUUUGUGCGUUCUUACCAAAGAUUUCUGGGUACGGUUUCUUUGUGGUAGUAAUCCAGUGACACCAACGAAAGACCAACAAGUUUGGUUGGGUAAGACUGUCUCCAUUGGUCAGAGUGCUAGCUUGGAAGUUCUCAAGUUCAUAAAGGGACAGCCUCUGGAGAGAUUCUCUUUCAAUUGGAGCAAAGUGGGAAUUAACGACACACGACCUCCAGCUGAUGACUGCAAGCCCAACAUGCUCACCUUCCGGAGUGUGAGUGAGGAGUACCUGGGCUACUACCAGUGUGACGUAGAGGAGGCUGGGAAAGUGGUCUUCACUGUCUAUAGAGCUCUCUACAAAGGCGAGCUCAUGAGUGAAUCAUUGCUAGGAGAAUACUCAGGAGCAGCUGAUCAGAAGAGAAGACUGUCAGCUGUGGAGAUGUCCAGUGCAAAACACACACGGUUAAUAUCUCCUCAAGGAGAAUACUCAGGAGCUGGCCAGAAGACAAUGCCACCACUUCCAGUGCAAACUACACAUGGUCAAUGUCCCCUCAAGGUGUGUUGUUUGAUGUCCUAAUCAUUAUAGUACCUAUCACGGGAAAUGUUCGCGAGUGCAUGCAAACUUUCGCUAUUUGGCCUCAGAAGAAUUGUAAUAAGGAAACCACACCCACCAAUAGCUUUGCAUGUGAAAUACCGGUGCGUGGGAGUUUCUCCCAGUUUUAUUUUUCGCUUUAACUGCUCUGCCCUUGAAAAACAGACCUCACGAACAUUUCCUGCUGUACGGUAUAAUUUAUAGAUGUUAGUGAAUUUGUUUAUUAGCGUUCUAUAAUGUUGGGAUAUGAUCAUACAAGUAAUAGUUGUGACACCGCCACGACUGCCACAUGAGAUAUAUUGGCUCAGUGUAUAGUGACGUAGCUGAGGCACUCAGCACCAUUAACUGUCCAAUAUGGCAUACAUUGGCACACCGCGUUUCCUUCGUCGGAUCUUUGAGAUCAAAAUGUAACAAGUUAUACAUGUAGUUAUUGACUGGCUGACUAGUAAUUAUGGCUUGAGGUUGUUUUUUU